AUGUUUUCAUGGAACAAAAGCACACCCGAAUCGGUUUCGCCAAAAACAACAUCAAUAAAUAAGAAAAAAGAGGAGAAAAAGGAAAAGAAAUUCUUGGGACGAUUGUCUUAUAAACUUGAUUAUGAUUUCGAUAGAAAUUCACUAACGGUAACUGUAAUCCAAGCAGAUGGAUUGCCAGCGAUGGACCUUGGCGGUACCUCCGAUCCAUACGUCAAAUUAUUCCUCUUACCGGACAAAAAAAAGAAAUAUCAAACCAGGGUGCAGAAGAAGUCACUUAAUCCUGUUUUCAAUGAAAAUUUUAUGUUCAAGAUACCAUACAACGAAAUCAGCAGUCAAACGCUGAUUAUGAGCGUUUUUGAUUUUGAUAGAUUCGGUAAACAUGGUCAGAUAGGCGAAAUAUCAGUACCUCUUGGAAAGGUAGAUCUAGCAACUACCAUUGAGAGGUGUGACUUGAUCCAAACUCCCCCGGAAAAUAGGUUAGGUGAAGUAUGCUUAGCACUUCGUUAUGUUCCGAAUAAAAAUAAAUUAACGGUUGUUGUAAUGGAAUGCAAAAAUUUGAAAAAGAUGGACGUUCUUGGUCUAUCAGAUCCAUACGUUAAAAUUUAUUUGAUGAUGCAAAAGAAACGAUUAGAAAAAAAGAAAACAACAAUUAAGAUGAAAACAUUAAAUCCAUAUUAUAAUGAGUCAUUCAGUUUUGAUGUCAGCCCAGAGAAAAUGCAGCGGGUGCAUUUGCAAGUGACAGUUUCGGAUUACGAUCGAGUCGGCUCGAAUGAACGUAUCGGUCACGUUAUCAUUGGCAAUAAUGCAAACGGUGUAGCGCUGAAGCAAUGGCAGGAUGUCCUCGCGACACCACGUCGUUCUGUUGCACAAUGGCAUGUGUUGAUGCCAUUUAAUGAUGAUUAA